UUAACACCCACACCAAAACUUCUACUCCGAGCAAUUAACAAAACAAGAUGGUGUUGACAGUCGAUCUCUUGAACCCCAGUCACGAAUCUGAGUUGCGCAAGCACAAGCUCAAACAGCUCGUCCAAAGCCCUCGUAGCUUCUUCAUGGACGUGAAGUGCCCUGGCUGCUUCAACAUUACCACGGUUUUCUCCCAUGCUCAAACCGUCGUCAUCUGCGGAUCCUGUGCGACGGUCCUUUGCCAACCCACCGGUGGCAAGGCUCGUCUCAUGGAAGGUUGCUCCUUCAGAAGAAAGAACUAGAUUGCUGCUCCAAAAGCCUGCUGGCAUCGGUUCUUCAUAGCAUCAAUCUAUCAUCGAGAGGUGCUGUGAAAUCGAGAAGA